GAUGGUUUUUAUGUCUAAAUACAUUCCAAUGAUCUAACAAGUGCGUUCUUGUAUCACAUCAACCGUAAAAAGUGGAUCUAUUGGAAGUUAUCAAUGAGAAAAGACUAGUUUCACUUGGAAAAGAGACAUCUAGGUAUAGAAAAAGCGAUAGGAUAUGGCCAAGUUGCAGAGGUAUAAACAGAUAUCCCACGAUUCUGGAGAAAAUGGCCAUGACUACUCUUUUGUAAACCUUGCCUAUAACGAGGACAAUGGAAACGCCGAAGACAUUGAGAGGAGGUGGACAUUCGAUGAGGAUGAACCAAAAUUCAAGCCCAGGAAAAAGCGAUGCACCAAGGUCAAUGUCGCUGUAGCACUUGUCAUUUUGGCAGCCGGAGGAUUAGGAAUAUUCCUCAUAGUCAAACUUUCACAAGACCAUCAGAAAGUAUACACUACACCGCAACCUGGACCAUUAGAUCGAAGUACUCAGAAACCAAUUGCAAGUUCAACAUCUAUCCCACCAUUAACAUCAUCGACUACGAUGGCGUCAUCGACACCAACAGCGGCCCCUGAUUCUACUUCCGGUCCUCCUAUAACGUCUCCCUCGACAAGUACUUUGUCCACACCUUCUACAACUCAAACACCCAUGACAACACCAUCAACAACAUCGCAACCAAUGACAUCACCAUCAACAACAUCAAAACCAAUGACAACACCCUCACCAACAUUGACAACGUCAUCAACAACAACUUCUACAUCUCAGCCAUCAACAACCAUAUCAACAGCGACAACUCCGCAACCGAUAUCAACUACAAAACCGAUGACAACGACAACCUUGUCACCAGUAACAACUUCUAACCCAUCAAUAGGAACAACAACAACGAUACCAACCACCACAAGCGGGACUAACACAACAGCUCAAUCUCUAAUGACAACCACUUCUUUAUCUGAGAAGUCUACAGCUUCGACCACAACGAUUAUCUCCAGUUCAACUAAUGCCAGUACUAUGACAACAACACCCACACCUAUCCCAAAGUCAACCAGCGCCGUGACUACAAUUUUACCGCCUACAACAACAACGACCAGUAAAGUUGUGUCAACAACGCAAGAAGUAACAACCCACACCACUGUCAAUAGUACAAACAACACUGAAAGUGCUGGCAUGAUGUUUGACGCGUCGAUGACUGUGAUGUCGGCUACCUGGAACGAGAAUUUUCGGAACAGUACGAGCGAUGCAUACCUUGACCUGGUCUCAAACUUCACCAGCCAGGUGGAAGAGGGUAUAAAGAACAGUGAGAUUGGGUCAUCAUUUAGUCAUGUAACGGUAAAGUCGGUAAGUCCAGGUAGCGUGGUAUUUGACUUCAGAAUUUACAUGACAAGUUAUAGCUAUCCAUCGGGUGGCUCUCAGGCAACGAUUACAAUAUCUGUCGUCCGCGGGGUUUUGGUCCAAGUUGUCCAGAACGCCAAGGCCAAUGGAACACAGACCCUGUUGUUGGGUAUAGACGAGACCAAAAUCGUCGUGAGCACUGUCAUUGAAACAACGGGGAUGCCACCAACAACAAAGAUGACGACGUCAUCACCAACACCUACAACAUUUAAAGCAUCGAAGUCUACGUUACCACACACAACAGAAACAACAACACCAAGGGUGACAACAACAACCGUGUCAACAACUUUAAGCCCUUGCACCAACUCGACAUAUCUAUCCACGACACUACUAUCGUAUUGCAUCGAGCUCAGUCGAUUAAACCAAAUGGUGAAUGCAUCGGAGGACGUCAAAUGCAAAUAUAUUUUGUCUGCUGUUGAUUGUGUAUUGGAGAAAAUACGAGUUGAUUUUGGAGUAAACUGUACAGACGAACAUAAAAUUGUCGCGCUAAAAGAGUUUUCUGGAACAGUUCAAAUGUACCUCGAUAUCGAUCCGAAAAUCUGCGACCUGCCAAUUACUAUGACAACAACAAAUCCAACAAUGACAACAGCUGUGUCAACAACCACAAGUCCCUGCACGAACUCUACUUACCUAACAUCGACAUUGCUAUCUAACUGUAUCAACUCAAGUCAAUUAAGCGAAGUGGUGAAUGCAUCAGACGACGUCAAAUGCAAGUAUAUUUUAUCUGCUGUUGAUUGUGUGUUGGAGAAAAUUCGAUUAGAUUUUGGAGUAAACUGUACAGACGAACAUAAAAUUGUCGCUUUGGAGGAGUUCUCAGGAACAGUUGAACUCUACCUUCGUAUUGAUCCGAAAAUCUGUGACCUUCCCAUCACAAUGUCAACAACAAAGUCAACAUCUUCAGGAGAAAUAUCGCUAUCUCCCCAUACAUCAACAACUUCACUGACAACAAUCAUUAGUUCGACAACAACAGCAACAAAAAUACAUUCAACAACAGCAACAUCCCCGUCAACAUCAACAACAGUGCAAUCAUUACCAACAAUUAAAUUAUCAUCAACAACAAAACAACAAACAACCUCAUCAUUAACAUUGCAACUUAUAACAACAACGCCAGCGUUAACAACUAAAACAAUAGAAUCAGCAACAACAUAUCAACCUACAACAAUGCUACCAUCAUCAACAACGCAACCAUCUACAACAAAAACGCAACCAUCUACAACAAAACAACAACCAACAACCACACCACCAUCAUUAAUGACGGCUACACAAUCAGCAGCAACAACACCAACAACAGCUAGAUCGACAACAAGAACAGAGACAACAGCCAUAAAUCCUUGUAUGAAUUCUACUUAUAUAUCCUCGAUUUUAUCGCAAUCAAGCUGUAUUGCCGACUCAGAUAAAUUAGAAGAGGUCAAAAAUGCAUCGGAUGAGGUCAAAUGCAAUUAUAUUUCUUCGAUCGUUGCCUGUGUCUUGGAAGGAGUACUAUCAGAUAUUGGUAUCACAUGUUCCGACAAACAGAAAAUAGUCGCCCUAUACGAGAUCGAGGAAUUAGCUCUAUCCUAUCUCAGCAUUGAUCCGACAUCAUGUGAUUUGUCGGUCAACAUUUCUAAGACCCCAACAACAUCAGCAAGGACAACAUUGUCAGGAGCAACGACAUCAACAACGAUGACAACAACUUCACCAGCGACGACAACAAUGACAACGACAACAACACAAGUGACAACAAAAAUGAUAGCAACGACACCAACACCGAUAAUAACAACAAACAUGUUCACAACGAAAACAACACCGAUGACGACGACAACAACACCUGUGACAACAACAAUGACGUCAACGAUGAUAAAAUCAACAACACCGGUGACAACAACCAUAAAUCCCUGUACAAACUCUACUUAUCUUUCCUCAACUUUACUAUCAAGAUGUAUUGACUUCGCUCAAUUGGCCACAGUUAUGUCGGCAACAGAUGAGGUUAAAUGCAACUUCAUUCUAUCUGCUGUUGAUUGUGUCUUGGAGAAAAUACGAUUAGAUUUUGGGAUCACCUGUACUGCCGAACAUAGAGUAGCCGCUCUGGAUGAGUUCUCGGGAAUAGUUCAAACCUAUCUCGGAGUCGACCCUAAAACCUGUUAGUUGGUCCUACAGACUUUUGAUAUUAUAUGGCGAGAGUAGGUGCAACAUACUAAAAACCAUUUUUAUAGUUGAGGAUUCAUACAAGUACAUUUAAAUAAUUAUUUUACCAACAUAUCAUUGUUUAAUUACGCUGUCUCUUAGACUUCAGAUGAAGUUGUAAAAUAUUGAAUUCGAGGUUUUUUUUUAAGAAAUGGUAAAAAUAAAAAAAAAGUUUUUGGCCAUUAACAUUCUAGGAACAAACCACUGAAAAUCUUCGGUAUGAAGAAACAACAGUUUUGAAUGAAGAAACUUAAAUGCA